UCUGACAUUUUGAAUUGAGGAAGUACUUUCUCUUCAAAAUGUACAUGUAUUAAUGUAGUUGAAUUUAGAUCUCAUUAAAAGUUUAUUUGUGAUGGAUACAUAAUCAACAUUCUUCAUUAAGAAAUAUCAUACAAAAGUUAAAAAUAACAUGGCACCGAAACCAAAGAUCAGACACGUAGAUUUAGCAGCACUUGGAUUGACCAUUAUGGCUACAAUAGUACAAAUAGUGGGAUUUGGUAUUCCUAAUUGGUGGACAUUCGAAUACUUUGACGGAAGGACAUUGGUCAUUGGAAUAGUAAAAUCAGACGGGUGCGACCAGUUAAAAAGGUGUGACAAAACUUUUAUUGACGUUGAUAAUGGUACAGAAUGGUUAUUUAUGACAAGGAUCUUUGAAUUGUUUGGAGUGAUACUUUGUCUAUUGUCUACAAUUGUCCACAUAGCAUUUCUUCCCACCAGAAAUUUCAACGUUCGGUCUGUAGCCAUCUAUGCACUUGCUGCUGCAAGUAUUUUCAUAUUAGCUGGUUCUAUCAUUUUUGCUGUGAUGCAUACCAAACUUGUAACUACUGUAAAUGAAAAUAAAGGCGAACAAACAACAGGUCCUGGAUAUGGACUUUGCAUCUUUUCGGGACUUUUGGCUAUGGCAGCGGCUAUUGUCACAGGAGCUGUCACCGUACGAAAAGGCGAAGACUAUUAUAUCAUUAAUGCUGUUUAGAGUUGAAUUGUCAAACAAACAAAAUAUCAACAUUUGAAAAAUUUUGUUUUGUUGUAGUUCUAAAAAUAAUUGAUAUGAUUAAGUUUGUAAUAAAAUUAUAGAUUUAUAAUGGUG